AUGUUCUGCAGCCUUGAACAACCUUGUACGGAGGUUAAGUUCGUAAUUUUUUUAAAUAUUUCUUUAGAAUACUAUAUUAUAUACGUUACUCAUAUAUUUUUUUGUAAUACGCGAUACUUUCGAAUAGUUUGAACAUCUAUCAAAUAUUAUAUAUGAGCAUUAUGUAUAAUACAUGUACACAUAUGUACAUAUACGUAUGCAUUUUGGAUUUCACAUCAUAUAUAUAUAUAUAUAUAUAUAUAACGUUUAGGUACAAUUUUCAAUAAAUGGAAUAAAUUUACAAAUUUUUGUAAAUUAUAUUUCAAAUAUUUCGCACAUUUUCGAAUAUGUUUCUAACUCUAUGACUUUCAAAUUUCCCACAGAUGCAUAACCAUCCACAAUUUCUCAAUCAUUUUAAUUCAUCUUGUAUCUCUUCCUAAUAUACAUAUAUUCUUUUAUCUCUGAGAGAAUGGAAGGGAUGAGAUAACGUACAACAACAAAAGAGCUCAGAGUACAGAGAUCGCGACCUAGCUGCAAGCAGCAAAUAACAUAACCUAUGAUCCGAUUUACGUCAAGUGGAAAGAGUGUGUGUUCAUCUCAGGGGUCGCAUUUUGCGCACGCUCUGUUCUGCAGCGAGAGCACGCAGACAAGAGCGUGGUUGGAGUAUCACCAGGGGACAAGUAUCACCACUGGCAAAUUCGUGGAAGCUAACGGCGGUCACCGGAAACGUCUGGUAACUGGAGGUAAAAAGAGAGGACCGACCGGUGAAACGAUGCCGCAGGCACGCUGGUGGAACGCUGUUAUCGCGAGCAGUCGGCCUAGGACGUGGGAACAACUGACUGCUUCCGCGGGGUCAGGGACGUUGAGAGGCAGAACAUCUGCACGUUUGACGGCUGCUGAGUCGGUAGUCCACCGGCCGGCUUCCGAUAAAACACAUCAUCGCGGCAUGGCGAGCGGUCCACCUGGGAGUAAGGUCCUCACCGAGGACAAUGUCUUCACCAAUCUUCGAAAGAUGGAAUAUGCAGUGCGUGGUCCUCUCCUUCUGCGCGCUCUCGAGAUCGAGAAGGAACUCCAAAAGGGAGCUAAAAAGCCAUUCAAGGAGGUGAUAAAAGCGAACGUGGGGGAUGCACACGCUAUGGGCCAGCAGCCUAUCACCUUCUUGAGGCAAGUACUGACCUUGACGGUGUCGCCAAACCUUCUCAAUGAUCCUAGUUAUCCCGAGGACGCGAAGGAACGAGCGAGGACUAUAUUGUGCCAGUGUAAAGGAGGCAGCGUUGGUUCGUACUCGGAAUCGGCGGGAAUCGAAGUCAUCCGGAAACAUGUUGCCCAAUACAUUCAAGAUCGUGAUGGGAUUCCCUCUGAUUAUCAUAACAUCAUCCUCUCGAACGGCGCCUCAGAUGGAAUCAAAUCUUUCCUGAAACUGUUCAAUGAGAAAGUAGAUGGAAAACCAUCAGGAGUGAUGAUCCCAAUUCCACAGUACCCUCUAUACUCUGCCACUCUGGCUGAAUUCGGCUUGGCCCAAAUUGGUUACUAUCUCAAUGAGGAGAACAAGUGGGCGCUGGAUAUUUCCGAAUUAGAUAGAGCAUUAAAUGAAUCAAGGAGAAUAUGUAACCCUCGUGUGUUAGUCGUAAUAAAUCCUGGUAAUCCAACUGGACAAGUCCUUACGCGGACCAAUAUCGAGGAUAUCGUCCGGUUUGCUUAUAAAAACCAUUUGUUCCUAUUGGCUGACGAAGUUUAUCAGGAUAAUGUUUAUGACAAAGAUAGUGCCUUCCACUCGUUCAAGAAGGUGAUGACAGAGAUGGGAGAACCUUACUGUAAAAUGGAGCUGGCUUCAUUCAUGUCUGUAUCUAAAGGUUACAUGGGAGAAUGUGGAAUCCGCGGCGGGUACGGGGAAUUUAUCAACAUGGAUCCUAAAGUAAUGGCGAUAUUAUUGAAAUCGAUCUCAGCGAUGCUUUGUCCUACUGUUCUUGGUCAAGUAGUGAUGGACGUUGUGGUAAAUCCCCCAAAACCAAAUGAGCCAUCCUAUCAGUUGUUUCUAAAGGAAAAACAGCACACUUUAUGCUCUUUAGCAGAGAGAUCUCAGUUGGUGGUUGAUACAUUAAAUAGCAUUCCAGGUUUUAAGGUAAACCCAGCUAUGGGUGCAAUGUACGUAUUUCCGCGAAUCGAAUUGCCCAAAAAAGCCAUAGCCGCAGCAGAGAAAGAAGGUCAACAACCUGACGUCUUUUACGCGUUUAAGCUGUUAGAGUCUACCGGAAUCUGCGUAAUACCGGGUUCCGGUUUUGAACAGCGACCUGGAACCUAUCACUUCAGAACGACUAUCUUGCCACAAAAGGAAAAAAUGAAAACGAUGCUCGAGAAUCUAAAGCAAUUUCACAUUAGGUUCCUCGAAGAGUACAAAUAAUGAAUAUGAUGGAAAUUUUCAUGCAUUUUAUUUCAUCCUGGACGUGUCAGGGUUCAUACAUCAGUAUUAAAUUUCCACAAAAUUAUCACAAAUUUAUUCGCAUAAAUUGUCAAAAUGUAUAUUAUUUUGCAUUUCCCAACGAGGAAAUAUUAUAAAGUGAAUUUAUAAGAUUAUAUUAAAUCUGUCAUGUAUCUGGCACAGAAGGGAUUAUAUGAAUCUAUGUAAAUGUAUUAUUUACACGAAAUGAAAUUCACAAUUCAUCGAAUAUUUGUAUAUAGUAUGUUGUAGUUAUAUUUGAAAGAUCGUACGGCAUAGAAUCAAUGAGCUUGUUAUUUCAGAACCGUUGGAAUGUAUGGUGGGUGUUUGUACGUAUGUACCAUAAUUCGUGAAUAACUAGCAAUGUUUUUUUAUAAUACAACGAUAUUGAGAUUACAUUGCAAAUAAAUUAUAUAUUAAAAACUUGCAUUGAACAAACCACAACUUGUCUAGAGUUCUAGAGAAAUAAACUGUUAACACAUAAGCAAGAUAUAUGUAUGUGUAGAUGAACCUGAAAAAUGAUUUUCGCGUCUCUGUCAUGUAUGACUCCGUUUACGAUGAAGUUCACCCACCAGAGAAGAUUAAUGUGUUCACGUUUGUCCAAGAUAUUCGAUGUUAAUAAAAAAAAAAAAAACGUUCAACGACGUACUCGAUAUUUUAGUAAUCGAUAUUCACACGUAAACAUACGUAAGAAGUUCACUAACUCGUAAAUAGAUAUGAUUGAAAAUCACAUUGAAGAUUUUGAAUUGAAUUGAUAAAGAGCUACUUAACAUUCAAGUUUUAAACGAGAUCAAAAUGAUCAGGUGUUCAUCCAUACUUUACAAACAACUGUUAUGCUCUUUUUACUGAGUGUUUAAACGAUUAUAUAUUCGUUAUUUAAACAAUUUGUGAAACAAAAAUUUAAUGUAUUCCAAAGGAAGAUGUAUCAGGAAAACGAAUUUUUCGAAGAGGAAACGCAAAAAAAUCGAAAAAUAAAAAAAUAGAUAUAUAAAACAA